AUGAUAAAUGUCAAGCAUUGCAGAAAUGCAAAGCUUAGAAAUCUCAAGAAGAAACAAGAAAACAGUGCAAUCCUUGCCUUAGAUGAUACAGCAUUAGACCCUGAUCAGAUUGAGAACCUUAUUAAGUUUUGUCCUACAAAAGAAGAGAUUGAAUUACUCAAGGGUCAUACGGGAGACAGGGAAAACUUGGGAAAACGCGAACAGUUUUUCCUAGAAUUGAUGACAGUGCCACCAGUAGAGUCUAAGCUAAGAGUUUUCUUAUUCAAAAUACAAUUUUAUUCCCAGGUUUCUGAUCUUAGAAAUAGUUUGGACAUUGUAAACUCUGCUGUUGGAGAGGUGAGGAAUUCGGUCAAAUUGAAAAGGAUCAUGCAAACUAUUCUUUCUCUGGGAAAUGCUUUGAACCAAGGAACUGCUAGGGGUUCUGCUGUUGGUUUUCGGUUGGAUAGUCUCCUUAAACUCACAGAUACACGAGCUCGGAAUAAAAAGAUGACUCUCAUGCAUUAUCUUUGUAAGGUCCUGAGCCAAAAGUUGCCAGAAUUAAUAGAUUUUCCAAAAGACCUUGCGACUUUGGAAUCUGCAACAAAGGUACAAUUGAAAUGUUUGGCAGACGAGAUGCAAGCCAUUAGUAAAGGGUUGGAGAAGGUCAUCCAAGAACUAGCUGCCUCGGAAAAGGAUGGUCCAGUGUCUGCAACAUUUUGUAAGACUGUAAAGGAGUUCCUUAGUUUUGCUGAAGGGGAAGUCAAGUCUUUGACUGCGCUUCAUACUUACGUGGGUAAAAAUGCAGAUGCAUUGGCUCAUUAUUUUGGAGAAGAUCCUGCACGUUGCCCAUUUGAGCAAGUCAUGGCUACUCUGCUCAGCUUUUCGAGGAUGUUUGUCAAAGCACAUGAGGAAACUGCAAGCAACUUGAAAAUGAUAAGAAGAAAGCUAAGGAGGCAGAAAAUGAGAAGCCAAAAAAUUAGUACUUCCAUGAAGGAGUCUGAAGCUCUCAGCACUUGAUACAAGGUCCAAUCGCGAGCACUGCUAUUC